ACUUUUCUCUUAUAGCGUGUUACAUUGGGUUUUGAUUACUCUCUUCUUCCUUUAUUGCUCUCUCACUUUACACAUUUUCACAACAUUAAUUUCCAAGAACGUUACAUCUGUUGCAGAAUAUUAAUUUUGUUGAAAAGAAGUAUGAGCUGCUUUAGCUGUUGUGAGGAUGAUGAAAUGCACAGAGCUGCUGAUAAUGGGCCAUUCAUGUCACACAAUUCAGCUGGCAACAACGGAGGUCAGCGUGCCACAGAAAGUGCACUAAAAGAGACACAGACUGUGAACAUCCAGCCCAUUGCUGUUCCUUCCAUCGCUGUUGAUGAGUUGAAGGACAUCACCGAUAACUUUGGCACGAAAUCUUUGAUAGGUGAGGGAUCAUAUGGAAGGGUAUACCAUGGUGUCUUGAAAAGUGGGCGAGCUGCAGCCAUUAAAAAGUUAGACUCGAGUAAGCAGCCAGAUCGAGAAUUUUUAGCUCAGGUCUCAAUGGUCUCAAGACUAAAAGAUGAAAAUGUGGUUGAAUUACUCGGUUAUUGCGUGGAUGGAGGUCUUCGUGUACUAGCUUAUGAGUAUGCCCCAAAUGGAUCUCUUCAUGACAUUCUUCAUGGAAGAAAAGGUGUGAAAGGUGCACAGCCAGGUCCGGUAUUGUCAUGGGCUCAACGAGUUAAAAUUGCAGUUGGGGCUGCAAGAGGACUGGAGUACUUGCAUGAAAAAGCGCAGCCUCAUAUCAUUCAUCGUGAUAUUAAAUCUAGCAACAUUUUACUCUUUGAUGAUGACGUUGCUAAGAUUGCGGAUUUUGAUUUAUCAAAUCAAGCCCCUGAUAUGGCAGCUCGUCUUCAUUCCACACGUGUUCUAGGAACCUUUGGUUAUCAUGCACCGGAAUAUGCAAUGACUGGUCAGUUGAGUUCAAAGAGUGAUGUUUACAGCUUUGGUGUUGUGCUACUGGAACUACUUACUGGCCGUAAACCUGUUGAUCAUACAUUGCCACGUGGACAACAGAGUCUUGUAACUUGGGCGACACCAAGACUUAGUGAAGAUAAAGUCAAGCAGUGUGUUGAUGCUAGGCUAAAUACAGAAUACCCUCCCAAGGCAGUUGCAAAGAUGGCUGCAGUUGCUGCCUUGUGUGUGCAAUAUGAAGCUGAUUUCCGCCCAAAUAUGAGCAUUGUAGUAAAGGCUCUUCAGCCUCUGUUGCCUCGACCUGUACCAAGUUAAACAUCAAGCUUGUGAAUUUUCUCCGUUCCCCAGCCUUUACGUCAUGAAAUGACAAAGAUUGAGAUUGACGUUCGUAUGAGUCUGCUGACUGUAUGCCAAAGAACUAUUGUAUAUUUGCAGUGAUGAAAAUGGCUUUGCAUAUUGAUUUUCAUGGAUUCUGUUGAGGUGUAUCAAACCACAGUUAUAGGAGACGAUCAUUGGAAAAGGAAAGCUAUAAACUGCAGAUUGUAGAAGUUAGAGUAGUUUGGCUUUAGCUUUCCAUAUGUUUUAGCACUGAUUUCUUAUGUAUUACAGUUUGUCCUUAUGGUGACUUCUUAUCAUUUCAAUUUCUUGAGAAGAUAAUUACUGUCUAUUUGUGUUGAGAGGAUACUUAUCAUGC